CGCGUCGCGCUUGCACAGUGAACCAUCACUUUACUCAGUAUUUCGCGUUUUUCACAUUCUUGCUUUUAUUAUGGUGUCUCUUCGGGGGGUCGGUGUCUCGAUUGUCUGUGAAGGCCAAACGCUUCCGAUGUAUAGAGAAGCCUUUGACGGCACGACCGCUACAGCCUAUAUCGCCAGUUGUGCAGGAAAGAAAUUUUCCAUCCAUGACCAUAACACAACACAGGACGACUUUAACUACACUGUAUCGCUUGACGGAAAGUGUGUAGGUUCCUGGAUAUCACACAGGAAUAACAAGGGGCACAUCAGUGGUGUUCGUUCAUCAUCGACUACACUACGGCCAUUCGAGUUCGUCACCCUCCAGGUCAUUGAAGAAAACACGGACGGGAGCAUGCAGACCGACGUGUCCAAACUCGGUCUGAUAGAAAUGUGUUUCUAUCGCACCGAGAUAACUGGUCCGAGUACGAAUCAAAUACUAUUCAAAGAGCUCGAUACCGGGCCCGUAUCAGAGAAGGCCAAGAAGGUUGGAUGGCACCGUGCUUCACUUGGGAGCGAACAGCCUAUCAGCCAACGCGGACUGGUGCAAUCUGUUAAUAUUGACAAAGAGCCAUUUAUCACGUUCAAAAUACGGUAUCAACCUGAAGAACUCUUGCGUGCACAUGGCAUCAUGCCUAUGCUUCCUAGAUCAGACCCUAUCCCACCAUCGUCGAACGCUGGGUCCUCGACCCUGAAUGGCACAGGAGAUAAAAGGCCACACUCGUCUCCCAUUGCUGCAGGAUCGAGCGAAGAACGACCACAGAAACGAAGGAAAAAUGCAGAGCCCUCGUCUUCCAGUCCUUCAAAAGUAGCGAAGCCGGAACCACUCGACGACAACGUUCUCGAAAUUGAUAACGAUUCGGACGACGAAGCGAUACGACGUGCAAAGGAAGAACUAGAUAAGGCGAUAAUGAGGAAGCAACUGAGGAACAAGAUCAAGUCCGAGCGAGCUGUCUCACCUAUCAUUGUCGGGGAAGGUGCAGGCGACGUGAUAGACCUCACACUCGACUAACGCCUAUCUUUCCUGUCGAUUCUCUUAACCCGACUUCCUUCUCGCUGGACAAACAACACACCAUCUUCGCCGUCUACCUAGGGAUCGUAGUAUCCUUGAUGGCACUAUGCGCUACCGAUCUUCACACUCUUACACAUGCUUGUCGCCCAUU